CAGAACAAAGGCAAGAAUGAUAGACAAAUUUUCGCGGGAAAAAUCACUAUUAUAAUGAUAUAUCCACCUUGAAAAAUCUAUUGUGGAUGGCGUCGGUGAGCAGUUCAGAGACAAUUGACAAUGUCACAGAUAUCACUGAAAGCUUGAAACAGUUGUCCGUUGCAAGAGCCCAAAUUAAUUUGUUGAGAAAGCAGAACGAGUCUUUAAAAAAACAAUUAAAUGAUAAAGAUUUAAUUGCUUCAAAUGGGCCAAGCAUAUCUAGCAGCUCUGAAAAAAUUGAACUAUCCAUUAUAGGAACAAUAAAAACGAAAUUUAAAGAACGUAGAUGUGUACCACGACAACCUGGUCUCUGUCCUCUAGCUCAAGCUUGUCUGACAAUAUCCAACUCUGUAUUCACUAAUCCUAACCAUGCACUUGAAGGCCUCUCAGAUUUCUCUCAUAUGUGGAUUUUGUUUCAUUUUCAUAAAAAUGAAACCACUCAUGUUCAUGCAAAAGUAUCACCACCUAGAUUAAAUGGUUUGCGAACUGGUGUACUUGGCACUCGAUCUCCACACCGACCCUCGCCAAUUGGCUUGUCUCUAGUGCAAAUCGAUAAAGUUGAAGGGAAUUCUGUGUAUUUUUCUGGAGUGGAUAUGAUAGAUGGUACUCCAGUGCUCGAUAUCAAGCCAUAUAUUCCACAUUAUGAUGCACCAGUUACUCUUAGGUCUGACCAACAUGUUUCAUUAUUUGAUAAUGGCUCACAUCAAAUACUCUUAGAUCCAUUGACAUCUGACCGAGAAGCACCUGAUGGAGAAGAAACUGAUGCAUAUGAUAUGCCUCUUUCUCCCCUACAUACAAGARUUAGAGUACCUCUGUGGAUUACUGAACCACUGAUGCAGCAACUAACUGUAGAGUUCUCAUCGAGAGCAAGAGAAUUUUUAAACUCAUUGGAUACCAAUGAUAUUGAGGCGACUAUAAUAAGCAUAUUGAAAGAAGAUCCUCGGUCAGUUUAUGUCCGAGAACGUUAUAGUAAUCAGUUUUAUACAUUCUUAAUUGGAGGCUAUCAUGUGAGUUGCAAGUUUGAUGAUACUAAACACACAAUAAGUGUCUACAGAAUAUCAUACGUUGAUAGUAUGGACAAUAUAGCUGAUCAAGAAGGAGCCCAAUGUUUGUCUAUAGGUUAGUCCAUAAGUAAUUAAUAAUAACUUAAAMUUUAUUAUUAUGUUCCUUUUUUCAUCUAUUCCUAUUUGAAAUAUGAUUAUGCAAUUUAUAAAAUAGUUAGUUCUGCUAGUGUGGUAUGAAAAUUAAUUUUAUUGUUUUUUAUACAAUACGAAUAAUCAACUAUAAACUUAAGUAAUUAGAUGAGAUUUUAUAACUGUUAUAAUUCUUAAUUUUAAUACUAUAGAUUAGCAUG